CCAGACAUCGAAACGUACAGGAGGAUGCACAAGAAAUCCGUUGAAAACCCAGAAGAAUUCUGGGGUGAGCUUGCGAAAGGGUUUUACUGGAACAGCCCUCCCACAGGUGCAAUCCUAGAUCACAAUUUUGAUGUGACAAAGGGGAACGUGUAUGUGAAUUUCAUGAAAGGAGCAACGACAAACAUCUGCUACAACCUUCUGGAUAGACAAAAACAAGAACCUGACCAGGGAGAGAAAAUAGCUUAUUACUGGGAAGGGAAUGAACCUCACGACUGUUCCACCAUCACCUACUCCCAGCUCUUAAUAGAAGUCUGCAAGUUUGCCAAUGUCCUACGGAGUUUAGGUGUGCAGAAAGGAGACAGAGUUGCCAUAUAUUUACCAGUGAUCCCAGAACUGAUAUAUGCAAUGCUGGCCUGUGCAAGAAUAGGAGCUGUCCACUCAAUUGUGUUUGCAGGUUUCUCAGCUGAAUCUCUGUGUGACAGAAUAUUAGAUUCCCAAUGCAUAUUACUGGUUACUGCAGAUGGUUUUUACAGAGGAGAGAAGCUGAUCAACCUAAAACAGAUCGCAGACGAUGCUUUGGAGAAGUGUAAACACAAGGGAGAUAGCCAGAUUAAAAAGUGCAUUGUGGUGCAAUGCCUUGGCAAGAAGCUGAGGAAGAGCCAGGGACAAACCCGCUGUAACAUACUGCAGUUAUUCUGGAACUCUGAGACUGAUAUGUGCUGGGAUGUUCUAAUGAAGGAUGCCAGUGAGCAGUGUGAGCCAGAAUGGGUUGACGCUGAACAUCCUCUUUUCAUCCUCUAUACAAGUGGGUCUACUGGGAAGCCCAAGGGUGUACUGCACACAGUUGCAGGCUACUUAAUCUACACAGCAAUCAGUUUUAAAUACAUUUUUGACUACCACGCUGAUGAUGUGUACUGGUGCACGGCAGAUAUUGGAUGGAUUACUGGACACUCAUACGUUACUUAUGGGCCACUGGCAAAUGGUGCAACAAGUGUGCUCUUUGAGGGUCUGCUGCUUUAUCCACAUGCGGGGAGGUUGUAUGAAAUGAUUGAAAAGUACAAAGUGACGAAGCUCUACACGGCGCCCACUGUCAUUAGAAUGCUGAUGAAGUUUGGAGAGGAACCUGUGAGAAAGUUCAACCUCAAGUCUUUGAAGAUUUUGGGCUGUGCUGGAGAACCCAUUAACCCCGAGGCUUGGACAUGGUAUUAUAAUGUCAUUGGGAAUGGGCAGUGUCCCAUUAUGGACACCUUUUGGCAGACUGAAACGGGUGGUCCAAUGAUGACACCGCUGCCGGCUGCCACCCCACUGAAACCUGGAUCUGCUACAUUCCCCUUCUUUGGGGUCCUCCCUGCCAUUCUGAAUGAACAUGGUGAAGAGUUGCAGGGAGAAGCUGAAGGAUACUUGGCAUUCAAGCAGCCUUGGCCAUCCAUACUGCGCACAGUGUACGGAGACAAUGAACGUUUUGAGAUGACCUACUUCAAACAAUUCCCAGGAUUUUACCUGACUGGAGAUAGUUGCAGGAGAGAUGGAGAUGGCUAUUACUGGAUCACUGGAAGGAUAGAUGAUAUGCUAAAUGUCUCAGGUCAUCUGCUGAGCAGUGCUGAGGUGGAAUCAGCCCUGGCAGAACACAGUGCAGUGGCAGAGGUUGCUGUGGUGAGCCAUCCUCACCCUGUGAAAGGCGAAUGUAUCUACUGUUUUGUCACACUGAAGGAUGGAAGGGAAUUGACUCAGUCUAUUUCAGAUGAACUGAAAAACAAAGUGCGGCAAAAGAUUGGACCAAUUGCCACACCUGACUUUAUACAGAAUGCACCUGGGCUCCCAAAAACCCGUUCAGGUAAAAUAAUGAGACGCAUCCUGAGACAUAUUGCUUGCAACGAGAAGGAAUUGGGUGAUAUUUCCACGCUUAUUGAUCCAACGGUGGUGGAUGUCCUCUUCAGCCAGAGAUGUCAAGCAGCUGCUUGA